GGCCCGCGUGGCAGCGGCGGCUGCCGGCUGGCGCUCAGUUCCGGGCGCGCGGCUAGUGUGGGGGCCAGGACAACCGCGGGGUCUCAGCUUCAUGGCUGUGGCCAGUGUGACGCCCCCUGCCUCCCUGGACGCGCAGCUACCUGGCUUCUCGAAGGCGCUGCUGGGCACGAGGCUGGAGGAGAAGUACUUGUGCUCGGCCUGUGGGAACGUGCUGCGCCGGCCCUUCCAGGCUCAGUGUGGCCACCGCUACUGCUCCCACUGCCUGGCCAGCAUCCUCAGCUCAGGGCCUCAGAACUGUGCCGCCUGUGUGCACGAGGGCAUCUAUGAGGAGGGUGUUUCUGUCCUGGAGAGCAGCUCAGCCUUCCCCGACAAUGCUGCCCGCAGGGAGGUGGAGAGCUUGCCGGCUGUCUGUCCCAACCAGGGCUGCAGCUGGAAGGGGACCCUGAAGGACUACGAGAGCGGCCACGAGGGCCACUGCCCAUUCAUGCUGACUGAGUGCCCAGCCUGCAAGGGCCUGGUGCGCCUGUGUGACAGGGAGCAGCAUGCAGGGCACGAAUGUCCGGAGAGGAGCCUCAGCUGCGGGCACUGCCGGGCACCCUGCUCCGGGGCCGACAUGCAGGCACACCAGGACGUCUGUCCCCAGUUUCCUGUGAGCUGCAACAGCUGUGGCCAGCGGAAGAUCCCACGGGACCAGUUCCAGGAGCACCUGCAGACCUGUGGCCAGGGCCGAGUCCCCUGCAGGUUCCAGGCUGUCGGCUGCCCGGAGCUGGUGGACAGCGAGGGACAGGUGGAGCACGAGGUGCAGAAGCUGCGGGAGCACCUGUCGCUGCUGCUGGGUGGCCUCCUGGAGGGGCGGAGCCCGCCUGGCCCGGACCUCCCACCCCCGCAGGCCGCACAGCUGGCCCAGCGCUGUAGCUUGCUGGAGCGGAAGACUGCCACCUUUGAGAACAUUGUCUGCGUCCUCAACCGGGAGGUGGAGAGGGCGGCCAUGACUGCCGAGGCCUGUGGCCGGCAGCAUCGGCUGGACCAGGAGCGGAUGGAAGCCCUGAGUAACAAGGUGCAGCAGCUGGAGCGGAGCGUGGGCCUGAAGGACCUGGCCAUCGCCGAGCUGGAACAGAAGGUCCGCGAGCUGGAGGCCUCCACCCACGACGGUGUCUUCAUCUGGAAGAUCUCUGACUUCGCACGCAAGCGGCAGGAGGCGGUGGCCGGCCGCACGCCUGCCAUCUUCUCCCCAGCCUUCUACACCAGCAGGUACGGCUACAAGAUGUGUCUGCGCAUCUACCUGAAUGGCGACGGCACGGGGCGCGGGACCCACCUGUCCCUGUUCUUCGUGGUCAUGCGGGGCCCCCACGAUGCCCUUCUGCGCUGGCCUUUCAACCAGAAGGUCACGCUGAUGCUGCUGGACCACAACAACCGGGAGCAUGUCAUCGACGCCUUCAGGCCUGACGUGACCUCGUCCUCCUUCCAGAGGCCAGUCAGCGACAUGAACAUUGCCAGCGGCUGCCCGCUCUUCUGCCCCGUCUCCAAGAUGGAGGCCAAGAACUCGUACGUGCGCGACGACGCCAUCUUCAUCAAGGCCAUUGUGGACCUGACAGGGCUGUAGCCCCCUUGGCGUGGGCACCGAGGGGUCCAGUGCUGUAGUGCACUGAGCGCGUCUCAGGAGCGGCCCUCCUCUCCCAGAACGUUCUAACGGGAACAGGUUUCCUUCCCAGCCCGCAUACCCGGUCCCUGCACCUUCGGUUAGACCAGUUAGACCCCGCAUCUGGGUACAGGCAGGGUCACUGGGCUCGGGUCCUGGUGUGGAUGCUAGAUACCUGUGACUGACCCUCUGUUGUCAUGGCCAGGUGGCAAGGGGGUUGGGGGAGAUGAUUGUAGCUGUGUGGCUGCUUGACCAAGAGGGCAGCCAAGUGGGGUGGCCACGAGAUCCCAUGGGGC